CAUGCAUAACAUUGCUGUUCCAAAAAAUCUCCCACCCUACAUGAUGGUUGGUUUCAAGUUGUCCACUACAUAUACAGACAGACAUACACACGCAUAUGAAAAAGACUCCAUUUUCUUUCAGAUCCACACAAUACAACUCAUGGCUCCGGAAGGCGUUGGACCAAUGGCCACAUGCCACGUAGUGGCCAUGCCUUAUCCCGGAAGGGGGCACAUCAACCCCAUGAUGAACCUCUGCAAAUUACUGGCUUCCCGGAGCGGCCACAUACUCGUCUCCUUCGUCGUCACCGAGGAGUGGCUCGGCUUCAUCGGCUCUGACACCAAGCCGGACAACAUCCGAUUCCGCACAAUCCCAAACGUCUUGCCCUCGGAGCUGGUCCGAGCCGCCGACAUGGUCGGCUUCGUCGAAGCUGCCAUGACAAAAAUGGAAGAGCCGUUUGAGCUUCUCCUCGAUCGGCUAGAGACGCCGGCGAGUAUCAUCGUAGCCGAUAGUUUUUUGAACUGGGCGGUUGAAAUCGGGAACAGAAGGAAUAUUCCGGUGGCGUCGCUUUGGCCCAUGCCGGCGUCGGUGUUUUCGAUACUUUACCAUUUUGACCUCCUCGUCCAGAACGGCCAUUUCCCGGUUGAAUUAUCAGGUACGUCAAAGCAUAGCAUAACUGUCUGCACUACAUCGCUGCAUCUUCAAAUGUGGUAA